UUCAAUAGAGCCGACAGUCACAAGCACAGGCUCCAUUUUUGCUCAGUUUUAACAAACAAGCCUACAUUUUGAAGGACUAGCCAAGAUGCUCCACGGUUUCAAGACCACUGAAGAGCAGAGGGGGGGCUUCUGCUUCGAGAACAGCCGCAGAAAUGCUGCGCUGCAAUCCAGCUUGUCGGAGUCUGGUUACAAGGCCCCCAAUGCCAGGAAGACAGGGACAACUAUUGCUGCCAUCCUGUACAAGGACGGUGUGAUCCUGGGAGCAGACACGCGGGCGACAGAUGACAUGGUUGUGGCCGACAAAAACUGCAUGAAGAUUCAUUACAUUGCCCCCAAGAUCUACUGUUGUGGCGCCGGAGUGGCAGCAGACGCCGAGGUCACGACACAGAUCUUGAGGUCCAACGUGGAGCUGCAUAUGCUCAACACUGGGCGCCCCCCUCUUGUUGCCAUGGUGACCCGACAGCUGAAGCAAAUGCUGUAUAGGUACCAGGGUCACGUGGGGUCCUCUGUGAUCGUGGGAGGCGUGGAUGUGACCGGAGCGCACCUCUACAGUGUCUAUCCGCAUGGCUCCUGGGACAAGCUGCCCUUCCUCAGCAUGGGUUCAGGAGCCGAUUCUGCAAUUUCUGUGUUUGAGGACAGAUUCAAACCAAACAUGGAGUUGGAGGAGGCAAAGCAGCUAGUUCGAGACGCCAUCGCAGCAGGGAUCUUCUGUGACCUGGGAUCUGGCAGCAACGUGGACCUGUGUGUGAUCACGGAAGCUGGAGCUGAGUACCUGCGGGGAUACGACAAGCCUGCAGUGCGGGGCGAGAGGCAGGGAGUGUACCGGUUCCAGCCCGGGACCACAGCUGUCCUCACCAAAACUGUCACCCCGCUGUCACUGGACCUCGUCGAAGAGACUGUCCAGACCAUGGACACUCACUAAAAUGUUUCAACGUUCCACCAAUUAAAUACUCAGAAUUGGCAUUAUGUCUUCUUUGUAAAUCUUUUAUUUUAAUUUGGAAGAUAAUAAUCAAUCAUGCCCACUUGAAUUAAUGUCGACAUUGUUUACUGAACCUGUGUAGUUAAAUCAGGUCAAAAUGGUUUUGUUUUCUGCUCAAGCAGAUACAAUAC